CGUGUCAUCCACACCUCUGUCACCAUCAUCGACGUCGCAGCUCCGCAGCCAUGUCCUACCCUGUGACCAGCCAGCCCCAGGCCACCAGCACCUGCUACCAGACCCAGCUCAGCGACUGGCACACCGGUCUCAUGGACUGCUGCAAUGACAUGCCCGUCUGUCUGUGUGGCACUUUCGCGCCACUGUGCCUCGCCUGCCGCAUCUCCGACGACUUCGGCGAGUGCUGCUGCACGCCCUACCUGCCCGGAGGCCUCAACUCCCUCCGCACCGGCAUGCGCGAGCGCUACCACAUCCAGGGUUCCAUCGGGCACGACUGGGCGGCCCUCAACUUUUGUCUGCCCUGCGCCCUCUGCCAGAUGGCGAGGGAACUGAAGAUCCGCCAGUGACAAUGUUGCCCACCCUCCCCAUCCAUGUCCACCAGUCCCCCCUGGCUUCCACUGCCCCCUCCUGUCAGGGCCUGCCCUCUGCCCCUGGCCUGCACCCAGAAAUACACCCACAAUAAAAACCUGAAAACCAA